GCGUGUAGUGCUUGCUUACCAUGGCUACUAUAGCUUCUACUUGCCAGCUCCUGUUUUCGCACAAAACCACAGUCAGUCGAAGCUUUGAGAGGAGAAUUGCAAGUAGGACUCACCAGAGAUGCCUCGUCACAGCGAAGGUUGCCAAGCAAAAGAGCUCCAGCGUUGCCACCGCACCUGCUUCUCUAGAGAUCGCUCCGGAUGUUGCGACGCAGCGCGGUGUUUCAUCGCCGGUCCUUCUUGAAUGCGUCCUGGUCGUGUACAAGAAGAACGUGCUAGAUCUCGUUGACGUCCUCGCGGAUUUCCGGGACGACGCCGCCGAUUUUCUGCUCGGCAAGAAGGUGACGGUUCAGCUCGUGAGCGAAGAACUGCUUCCUGGCACCCAGGAACCGAAGAUGAGCGACGUGGUGCCGAUAAGUCACUGGUAUUGUGCUCGAGACAGAAUCGAAGCGAGCGGAUGUAUCACAUACAAAGUCCAGAUAGUUGUAGAUAAGAGCUUCGGGAAUGUUGGGGCUGUUCGUAUUGGCAAUGCUCACCCGAAUGAAUUCUUUCUCAGCACCUUCCACAUUGUGCAGCCAGAUGGAACUUCAGCUUACUUCACCAGUGAUUCAUGGCUGCACCCGACCGCGGAGAACUGCCCCCGAAUUUUCUUCAGAAACAAGGUGUGCCUACCUGGCAACACUCCCUUGGGCCUGAGAAACUUUCGUGCACGAGAACUCCAAGAUAUUCAAGGCGACGGAACAGGCGAGCGAAAGGAUAGCGACCGGGUUUACGACUACGAUGUGUACAACGACCUCGGGAACCCUGACAACGACAUUGAGCUGCGGAGACCCGUUCUUGGAGGAGGCGAGUUUGCUUAUCCUCGCAGAGUUAGAACCGGUCGCCCGCCUACACAAACAGAUCCACGGUCGGAGAGUUUGCCUCCCGGAAUCGAUAACAUGUAUGUCCCGUCGGACGAAACGUUCAUGAGAGAGAAAAACUCCAACUUCGUAGGGGACACGAUCAAGGCCGCUGCACAUUAUCUGGUUCCAGCUAUCAAAUCGGCAUACAGGAGGGACAAGAGCCCUUACUUUCAGAGCUUCGAACAGAUUAUAGCGCUGUAUGACGACGGUAUUGAGCUGGGACAAGACGUCAGUAGUACAAAUGCAAAUGAAAAGAAGAAACUUCGGAAUCCCUUCACCUUGAUCAACCAGCUGACAGAUACCGAUAAAACCAACAACAGCCUUCUCAAGUACCCGUUGCCGCAAAUUAUCCAAGAUGAUUGUGAAUCCUGGAUGCUGGAUUAUGAGUUCGGAAGGCAGACUAUUGCGGGUCUGAAUCCCAUGAUAAUAAAAAAGCUCGAGUCCUAUCCUCCUGUAAGCAGUCUGGAUCCCAAGAUUUUCGGGCCAAAAGCCACUGCACUGAAAGACGAACACAUACUGGAUCAGCUCAACGGCCUCACUGUUCAAGAAGCUUUGGAGGCGAAUAAGCUCUUCAUCCUGGAUUACCACGAUGCAUUCCUGCCAUACUUGAACAGGAUUAAUGCGCAGGAGGGAAAGAAAACGUACGCAACACGGACUAUAUUGUUUCUUACAGACAGAGGUGUCUUGAAGCCUAUAGCCAUCGAGUUGAGCCUCCCAGCAGCAACAGCGACCGGCCAGAGAAAGAACAGGGUAUUUGUCUGCUCCGACACACCAAAGAGGGACUGGGCUUGGGAAGUUGCCAAAGGACACGUUGCCGUGAAUGACUGUGGAUACCAUCAACUCAUUAGUCACUGGCUGAGAACGCAUGCCGUCAUGGAACCGUUUAUAAUUGCUAUGCACAGGCAGCUGAGCAUUCUUCAUCCAAUCUACCUCCUGCUGAUUCCGCACUUCAAAGACACAAUGACCAUCAAUUCCAAAGCUCGCCAAUCGCUGAUCAAUGCAUCAGGAAUCAUCGAAGACAACUUCACGGCGGGAAAUUACUCCAUAGAACUAACUGUUGUCGUCUAUGGAUCGCUGUGGAGAUUCGACCAGCAGGGACUUCCAGCUGACUUGAUCGCCAGGUAAGGGGAUUUCUAGCUUGAAGCUAU